AUGAACAGAAAACGAGAAAUAUGCAGGGAUAGACAAAAGAAUAAAAAUAAAAAUAAAAGGGGCCAGGACUCAAACAAGGCCCUCGAAUCAACGAUAGAGGGUCUCAGGCUAGAGAUAAAUGAUCGAGAUCAAGAACUCCUCUCAAACGAUGUUGAGAUCGUCGGUAUUCCUGAGGAAAACGGGGAAAGUGUUGAUCAUCUUGUGCUUACCUGCGUUAACACCAUAGGGGUGGCGCUUGAUGAGCGGGACAUCGUCAGUUGUGCUCGAUUUGGCCGUCUUUACGGUAUGGUGGAUGGUCAGCAACCGCGUCCGCGCCCUGUAGUUGUACGGCUGGCCCACCGGGCAACACGAGAUAAAAUUCUUCGAGCAGCCCGUGUACGUCGCACCAUCACCACGGAAGGCAUGGGGCUUCGAUCGAAUCCACAACGCCUUCACAUAAAUGAACGUCUCACGAGAACCAACCGUCGCUUAUUCUACUUAGCCCGGGAGGCAGCCCGCCGUCUGGGGUGGCGGUUUACAUGGACCAGGGAUGGUCGAAUAUUCACUCGUCGAGGGCAUGGUACUUCAGCUCACAGAAUCCGGGUGGAAGCAGACCUUGAUAAGGUUUUUGGUAGCAAUACUGUUAGUUCCGAUAACACCGAUCAAAAAUAAAUUACAUUGUUUUAAUAUGUUUAAUGUUUUUUCACUGUAUAUUCUGAACUGUGUUUUUAUAAAUUGUCUUUUUGAUCUAUCUACUGUGGGGUAUCGUCAUACCGCAACGCCUGUACAAUGUCAAGCAAGCACGUUUAAAUUGCAUAAUACAUUUAAUAACACUGCACGUUGCAGUAUAUCCACUUAUAUUUACAACUUAAUUAUUUUGCAUCCAAUCACAUACUAUAUAUACGCACUUUUUCUUAUAUUCCACUCACAAAUUAAUUCUGCUAUAUGUAAUAGUUAUAUACUAAUUCACACAAAAGACUUUAUUAAUAUAAAAAUUACCGUAAACGUCAG